AACGGGGAAACAGAAUAAUGCAGAUAGUAGCUUAUCGAGCAAGCUCAAGGCCUUAUAAAAUACGGGGCAUAUCAUUGAAAGCAGCGAGGAGUAAGCUACAUUCAGUCGCGGGAGCCAGUAUUAAUAGAUUCGAGUUCGAUGCUACGUUGAUCGGUGUCCGGGAAUUUGUCGGGGAAUUGAGCUCCGUGUCGAAACUGGCUGCGCGCGGGGGCGGAAGAAUUUUAGUAAAUAAAUGCAGAUGAGUUAACAUUCGGCUGACAAAAAUAAUAAAACCUGAGAAUCUGUGAAACAAAGGAAAUAAAAAUGAUUGUAAAGCUUGCCAAGGGGAGCGUAUCGUUGUGGUGGAUCGUUUUGAUCCUCCUCGCAAAUCCGUGGCGAUCCGAGGCUAAAAUAUUGGCCGAAUGUGACGCGGUGAAGGAGCUUCAACGCGGCGGUAUUUCGCGAUCGCUGAUCAGCAAUUAUAUCUGUCUAAUGAAAAGUGAGAGCGACAUGAACACGAGCUUGAUCACAGGACCGAAAACAGCCUCGAGCUACAGUUUUGGAAUCUUUCAAAUAAACAGUUUGAAAUGGUGCGCCAGGGGAAGAGCCGGCGGCGUUUGCAACAAGCGUUGCGAGGACUUUGCCAACGACGAUAUCCAGGACGACAUCGUUUGUGCACAGAAAAUUGUCGCGAGUAAUGGAUUCAAGGACUGGGAUGGUUGGCUCAAAAAAUGUAAAGGAAAACCGCUCCCCAACAUUGCACAUUGCAAAAGACGAUAAUUUCUCUUCGCCCAAAUCUUCUUCAUUUUAUUCGGUGUCGAGCAAACGUCGAUUCGAAAAAUUCACAAGUCCGGUCGGUUUUAAAACUAGGAGAAAUACUCACUCAGGUGGACGGAGAGAGCAUCGAUUCGUUGCCGCAACGAUCCACCGCAUCGGUCAACAUUUUUGACACUUUUCUCCUCAACGGUUAUUACCAAAGUUUUUAUUUCCCAAUGUAAUUAAAACCCAUUGCGUAUUCCAAUGAACCUGAUACUCGCUGACCUUCGAAACAAUCGCAAGUUUUUUUAGAGUUUCAUUUUGUGUUAGAAGCAUAUCGAAAAGAGAAGGAAAAAAUAAAGCAAACGAUUGUUAGUGUGCCAA